AUAAAAUUCUUGUUCCCUUAAAUGUAAUUUAAUAGUUCAUUUGUCAGCAGUUACAAAUGUUACUUUUUAAGGUGCCUUUUCAUGCUGAUGCUUGACGUUCAUUUUUAGCGUCAAAGUAAGCCACGUGAUCAUAGUUGACGCUGGCUUGCACAAAAAGCGGCAACGUCAAAUUUAGCGUCAAUCGUAUUUAAAAUGUUCGGAAGAAAAUAUUAUAUGUGGUUAAACGAGAGUACGAAGAAAUUAUUAGAACAAAAUCGGCGACAUAAAAAACUUUUAGCAGCAGUUUUGAUAAAUGAAUUACAACAGAAAAGAAGAAAUUAUCGUAAGAAGCGUUAUUGGAUAAAUCCAAUAUUCAAAGAACGAUACAAUCAUGGAUUUUAUCACGCAAUCUUUCCUGUCAUUAUUUUGGAAGAAGCUCGAUUUCGAAAUUAUUUUUGUAUGAUUCCUGCACAAUUUGAGGAGUUGUUGAAUUUAGUAGCUCCAUUUAUUAUGAAAAAGACGAUAAUUAGGGAGCCUAUAUCUGCAGCAGAACGUUUAUGCCUGACAUUAAGAAAAAAGUACUUCCUUCUUGUUUGAAUGAAAACGAUUGGUUAAACAUUGCUAGGAAAUUCGA